AUGGGCAUUCUAGCCGAACUGAAUGAUUGGGCUGAGGCUGAGAGGAUAGCAGAUGUUGCUGUCAGUCUCAUACCACGAGCCUGCUCGCGAAAGCUUAGCCAAGAUGAUCAAGUGCACGCUCUUCGAAACAUUUCUGAGGUAUCUGCAGACGCCUGUUCAAUCUUAUUACGGUUAGGAAAGGUUGAAAAGGCCUUGCAGCAUAUCGAGUACGGCCGUGGCCUGGUUCUUGGUUAUCUCAUUGAUGAGCAGAGCGAUCUGUCGGACCUGAGAAUGCGAGACGUCUCCUUGGCGCAGGAAUACGAAUGCCUGCGCACCAGGGCUUCUAGUGCAAGCACCGACUUGGAACCUAUAUAUCAAGAGAUGGACGUCUGUGAAUCGAAGAUUCGUCAGAUUGAAGGCUUCGAAAGGUUUUUGCUGCCGCCCUCUCUGGGGGAAUUGCAAGAUGCCGCUUGUGAAGGUCCAAUAGUUGUCGUUAACACGUCCAGGUUUGGAGCAGACGCUAUCAUCAUCACUAAACAUUGCUUCAAGGCUGUGGCGCUUCCCAAAAUGUCAUCCAAUUGGAGGAUUAGGGGCGCUGGACAUGGAACGGAAGAGCAGAGGGGUCAGCGAGACAUCAAACCAGAACGUGCUCCAAGAUUGAACGAUAUGACACUGGAGUGGCUGUGGUCUGCUUGCGUCCAUCCCAUUCUCAAGCACAUCAUGAAAGACCUCGACCAAAAGCCGAGUGCUACGGACCUGCCCCGUAUUUGGUGGAUUGGUGCUGGAUCUGCUAGCAGCUUUCCGUUUCAUGCGGCCACAAGUUCCAACGCGGAAGCUCCUGGCAGCACUCUCGACGUGACUAUUUCGUCGUACACGUCGACCAUCAAGGCUCUGCAGAACGCUCGAAAUCGCGCUUUGAGGGGACAGGAACAGGACCGCGUCGAUCCAUACAACCUUUGGGUGGUCACUAUGCCCAGCACGCCCGGUGUGACGCCUCUUCCUGGCGUAACACGUGAGCUUCAAGCGAUCAAGGCUGCCGUAGAUGGCACAUACAACAUCACGGAACCUGAAAAGCCCAACGCCCGUCAAGUUUUGGAUGGUAUGCAAGACGCGCAGAUUGUGCACUUCGCGUGUCACGGCACCUCUAAUCCUCUCGAUCCAUUGCAGAGUCACUUGUUACUGCAAACUUCCGAUCAAAACUUGGACAAGCUUACGGUCAAGUCGCUCAUGGCCGCAAAGGUUCAAACGCGGGCUUGGAUCGCUUACUUAUCCGCAUGUUCAACAGCUGAAGUGAGCGCGUCCAACCUGAAGAACGAGGGUCUGCACGCAACAAGCGCCUUCCAAGCUGCUGGAUUCGGUCAUGUGAUUGGCUCCAUGUGGCCAGUCAGCGAUGAGGUUUCCAUCGAAGUUGCCCAACUCUUUUAUGAGUUCUUGAGCAAAUCCAAAUCCGAGGUUGUCUCGCCGAACAGGCUGGUUGCAGGGGCUUUGAGGAACGCUGUAAUUGAGGUUCGUAAGCGCCAUCCUGACAAUGCCGAUGUCUGGGUGCCGUACAUACACUAUGGCGCAUGA